AAUUUUUUAAAUUAUAAUAUGCUGUUUUUUUUUUGGCUAAAAUUACACCAUUAUUACCAUACUUUUAAAAACUAUUUUUUUAUUAUCAUUAGUUUUACCGUGUUUAUAACAAAGAAUGUCUUCUGGUUUACAAUCAGAGGAUGAGCAAGAGUAUUCUUUGGACGAUGCAAUCGAGCAUAUUGGAUUUGGAUUAUAUCAGAUUCGACUUAUUAUUGUGAUGGGAUUAUCAUGGAUAGCUGAUGCAAUAGAAAUGACUGCUAUCUCUAUUCUGGCUCCAAUAUUGUUGUGUGAGUGGAAGCUGAAUAGUUAUGAGGAAGCAUUAAUAUCCAUUGUUGUAUUUAUUGGUUUUGGCUGUGGAGCAAUAUUUUGGGGAAUUAUUGCAGACCGCUAUGGAAGGUUCAAGAGUUUGUUUACCAGUUCUAUUAUUGUAUUAAUAUUUGGAGUGGCAACAGCGCUUUCCCCUAAUCUUGCAAGUGUUUUGGUUUUGAGAUUUUUUGUUGGAUUUGGUGUUGGUGGAGUUUCUCAAGCAGUAACAAUAACAACAGAAGUAUUACCCAAAAGUAUCAGGACAAAGUCAGCUUUGUUUUUAUUGUUUUUUUGGGCUACAGGUACUACUCUAACAGCUGCAUUAGCUAUUUUCACAGUUUCUUCUAUUGGUUGGCGAUGGUAUUUAGGUCUACUUAGUAUUCCAGUUUUGCUGUUUUUACUGGCUGCUUUAUUU